CAGGGUACAGAAAAAUAAUCCCAUGUGAUAACUUAUUUUCAUUUGUUAUGUCAAAAUGACAAUGUAAGAUUCAUUCAAAUCCUUGUCGCCACAUCAAAAAAAAAUCUUUCGGUUCAAGCAUCAAACAUUUCAGUCAACAAGAAUUUCCAGCCGCAUUUGAAUGGGAUGUAAGCAGUAAAUUUUCGGCAACAAGAUAUAGAAAAGCCUCCUGGAUACAUAGAAUCGACGAACAGAAAUCUGGAGCAAUCAAUUUAAUUUGACCUCAAAAUUCAAGCAUAAAUGAUUUUUACAAAGGCAUGCUAGAGAAUAACUCGAAUCUGUCCGAUGAUGAGACAGACUCCGAACUGUACGAAGACGCGAUUGACAAAGAGGCAAGCAGAGAGAAUUUGAAUUCGGAGAAUAACGAACUACAGGAGUUUCGUUCAUCUGUCUGUAUUUGGGAGGACAAUAUCACACCGUUCAACGUAGGUGUUUAUAGCCAGAUCUUAGAAGCGAGAGUUGUUCUGAGCAGCAUUUACCCAAAAUGCGAUCGAGCUUGCAAAUUUUCCGAGAGGAGGAAUCAUCAUAUCAAGAAGGUGGAAGAGACUGUUCUGACGUGUCAGAUAGCAAACAGAGCUGAAAAAAAACGAUGUCCCAUUUGUUGUCAAACAAACGAAAAUUGCAUCUGUGGAAAAGCUUUCAUCCAAUCGAAACCCAGCAGUUCUUCUCAUAAGAACAAACAAUUAUGUACCGUCUGUAAAUCACCUACAACAAAAUGCACCAAGUUUCACGAUUACAUGAAGUCCAAAUCAAAACACGAUAAUACUGAUAUCAUUUCAUUACUAAAAGAUAUCAAUAGGAUACCAAUCACGCCGAAGCAACAUAACAAGUUCGCCACGCAGACGGCAACAAAAUCUGGUACCAAUAAUGUAAAAAUUUCUAGAUGCCCGUGCAAAAAAUACGCGUCCAGUCCUUCGCAUUUGUCGAAACUAUCCUACUUCAGCUCUGAGGAACUGCAGCUUGUACAUAGUAUUCGUGGAAGUAAGCUCACAGAGACUCUUAAACAGAGGCCAUGCUUUUUAUACGAUAAGUUGCCGGGAAGCUGCACUUGUGAUAAAUUGAAAGAUACUCUAACACAUGGUAAAUGUAAAUUUUGUGGCGAAAAAGAAUGUGUAUGUUCGAAGUGGAGGAAAGAUUAUUCAAAAACUAUUGGCAUGUUACCACCAAUCCGCGAUACUUUAAAAUGUAUAUGUGAGAAGAAACGUGAAGAACCAAAAAUUGCCGGAACUAUUGAAGAAAUCAAAAUCAAAGGUGCAGCAGAACCACAAUCUGCCUCUACUCCUUCGCUCGUAAAAAAGCCAGUACCAUCGAAAUCGCAGAAUAAGAAUGAUAUUCCUUCGAAAAAAGAAGACAAAGAAACCAAAGGACCAACAGAAAAGAUUGAAACCCAAAAACCGAAACCUACUGCUACAGGUGCUUCAGAUAAAAACAAACAAGUUUCAACAGGAAAAGACAUGCCAACGCAUAAAACAGAAGAUAGGGGAGAUCAAAUAAAGAAACCUAAGGAGAUAAAUAAACCUGACGAUACAACGAUAUCUAAACCGACUGAAAUACAUCGAGAACCUGAAAAGCCGAGUACUAUCAAGGAGGCAGAAAAAAAAAUUGAAGAAAAAAAACAACCAGAGAUCCCAAAGAAAACUCAAAGUGGUAAACUUGAAAAUGCCAAAGAAACAAAGAUGCCUAAAGUACCUGAAGAGAAGAAAAUAGAGGAAGUUAAACCUCAAGUUCCCAAGAUAUCGCAAAGUGGUAAAUUUGAGGAUAAAAAGGAAACAAAAGUACCUAAACCUCCCGAAGAAAAGAAGGAUAUUGAAAAACCUAAGAUCCCCCAGAAAGUAGAAGAAAAGAAGGAAGAGAAAAUACCAGAAACACCUAAACAAGUAGUAGACAAGAAAGAAGAGAAAAAGCCAGAAAUACCUAAACAAGUAGAGGACAAGAAGGAAGAGAAAAUACCAGAAAAACCAAAACAACUAAAGGAAAAGGAAAAAGAACCAGAAAUACCAAAGCAGGUAGAGGUAAAAAAAAUUGAAGAUAUCAAACAGCCUGAAGUUCCGUCAAAACCCGAGAAAGAAACAUCUGAGGAAUCCAAAAAACCAGAAAUUGACAAAAUAGUAGAAGAUGUUAAAAAACCACCUCUUCCGGUGAAAUCUGAGGAAAAAAUUGUUGAAACGCCCAAAAAAUCUGAAAAAAAAGAGUCUCUACCCUCUGAAAAACCUAUGGAUAUACCUAAACCACCUCCAGUAACAGAUAUUGUAAUAGACAAGAGUGAUGAAAAGAUUGAAGAUGAUAAGAUAACCGAAAAAAAAGAGGAUAAUAAAGAUGACUUCGUCCAACCUGAUAUAACAAUAACUAUCGAAAUAUCUGAUAAAGAAGAUAGUUUCAAAUAUCAGAUUGAAGAGAAAAGAGAACCUGAAAUAAUAGUCAAAGGUGAAGAAGGAGGAGAUGUAUCUAUUAAAGAAACUAAAACAAAAGAAAGAGUAUGUCAGUGUCAUGUCGAAGAACUACCCUUAAUGAUCUUGCAAAAAUGUAAACCUUGUAAGACCAAGUGCAAAACAUGCAGCCGCAUACCCAGGAGCACUUCAAGGAUUAUCAAUAAAAACGACACUUCUAAUGAGAUGGCCAAUCAAAAAUUGUGCCAUUGUUGUAACAAUGCAACAAACACAGAAAAGAAGGAAGUGAUAGAAAAGGGAGAACAAUGCACAGGGGGAACAGAAGGUAGAGUUCUAAUGUGCAAGAAGUGUAGGUUAUCUAUUAAUAAGGCAAAUACCGGAGAGAAUGUUUCAGUAUCAAAAAAGAAUAGUAGCAAAAUAAAAUUGUCGAAAUGUGGGGAGCAGAGCUGUAUCAAAAGAUCUUCGACAUUUGUUUGUUCUACUAAGGAAACGGAUAAAGUCGAUAGGUCGAUCAAGGAUGCCAAUGGUUGUCCCAAAACUUGUCGAAGACCUAGUACUGCUAGUAAAAUUGACGACUUCAAAAAGAGACGCGAUUCCGGAAUAAAAACUCAUGUGGGACCAUCAAUAGGUGGGAUAUCUUCAAACGCCGAAGAAAUUCUCAUUAAAAUAAGCCAACCAUGCAGUGAAUUGAAACCUAUGAGCUCAGAAAAAGUAUGCCCUAGAGGAAACCAAUCUGAUAAGGCAGCCGUUAAGGGUAAGAUCUGUCAUUGUCAUGCAAAUAUCAACACAGACCGUGAAACGUUGAUGGAUAGGGGACAACAGUGCCUGAAGAGGCCUUCCAAAACAAUUAAGUGUAAGGGGUGCGGUCAAUCCCAAACAGGAGGAACUUUUCAACAGGAUAUUAUAGCUUCGUACGUCGCGAGCUGCAGUUCGAAUGCAGAAACCCCCCCUCCUCAACAAUUCAUCAUUCAAACUUUGCUUUAUCAGUUUGCAGGUUAUGAGCUCAACAGAGAUCCGACCCCGCCACGUAAAAGAAGAUCUCUCGAUAGAUCGAGGAGUUCAGGACUUAAACGCCCCUCCGAGAAUGUCAUGCGGUCGAUCCAAGUUCAAGUAGGACCGUCAUGUCCGCCAAAGUGCGAAGCUGCCCAAACUGUCACCACGUUCAUUUUGACCGACCCACGCGCCAUCCCCAAAUCAGAAAAUAUUCAAGCAGUUGAGGGAAAAAUAAAUUACGUAUGUGGCCCCGAAGUACCUGGACUGAGAACGAAACUAGCCAUGAACCUAAACCAGAUACCAUCAGCUGACGAUAGUUGCGUAUGUCCGCCGGAGUCUCUGAACGAACAGGAAGAAUCGGUUGAAAUUUGCGAAUCUUCUAUUUGUUCGUACUAUCAGAACAAAAGCCCUGAUCCUGCUGGAAAAUCCGAACCAUUUUGUAAAGUUACAAAGAAAGACAAGUAUAUUUUUAUAACGGUGACUCCAGUGCAGACAGACCCGUAUGAACCUAACUAUUACAUCAUAUUUUCGACGCCAGAAGAUGAGAAGGAAGCUAAAGGCAAAAAAGCAGCAAAGACCUGCACCAAACCUAAACAAGAAAAAUCCUCGACUAAAAAAGAUCCACUGGAUCGUUUCAAGAAUCAAAUAUUCUCCAUGGAAACCUUGAAAUCUAAAGAAUUCCUAGAGUUGUACGAGAGGAAGCAAGACAUUAUACAAAAUGCCAAAGUUAUAGGUCCAUCACCCAUCAAUACAGCAUGCUUAGCUGCCCUCCUCGAUAAAAGCAAGUCUCAGGGCUGUGUACCUUGUAACGAAAUCAAGCAACCGAAGUUUGAGACCAAAGGGUGUGGACCUGAUGAUUGUGAAAACUUCAAAGCAACAAUGACGAACGAAACGGCUGAGUGUUGUUUUGGGAAUUCAGAAGUUACAACGAGAACCAUGGCAUGUGGAUCAGACCACUGUCUUCACCAAGAUGAAGUCAACAAAUUCAAGUCGAAGAAUGCCGAAUGUGGUCCAGAUACUUGUCAUUUGAAGAAACAAAAACAUGCCGCUACAGGUGAAGAAGCACUGAAACGAACUUCAAAUACUGUAGCUGGAAAAGGAGCUUGUGAUGCCUGUACCACAACGGAUUCAAGAAAUGAAGCAGCGAACCCUAAAACCCAAGAAUAUUGCGACAAACAAGUGUGCACCAACGAUUGCGAGAAAGGACAUGUUGCUAGUCAGGCUUGUGAUUCGGAGCAGAAUGUAACGCAGUAUUGUGACGCGUCGUGCAGUCCUGAUGAAGAUGUUGGUGAAGAUGAGUGCGAUUCAUCUUGUGAUCCGAAUGAAUGUGCUAAUUUUACUGAAGGAGAAUCAAGAAAAAGGUCAGAUCUCAAAGAAUGUCACGAUAAGGUUUGUCCAGAGAAGAUUGCGAAAUCUACCUCAAGGCUUAGUGGGGACUUUGACCAAGUCAAAACAUCACAAAAUGAUGAGUGUGAAGACUCCAAAUGUCCCAAGAAAAGAGUCAAUACGAAACUGGAUGACAAGGAUGUUUUUGCUUUAGAAUUAGCUAUGAAUCGUUUUAUAAGAGUGAAUCCACGUGCAAUAAAAGAUGAUUGAAUCAUA